GCAUCGAAAUCAGCCAUGAGCCCAGCCGACUGGCUGAACAGUUGGAGUUCAACCGCAAGUUGGUGGAGCAAGCCUGCGGGCUCUUGGCACCGGUGCAUGGUGCAGAAAGGUAUCUGUCGGUGUCCUGCGGCCACACAACUCAAUUUGUGAAGGCCGUCCUCUCCAGCUGCCCGACACCCGUGCAGUCCCUCGCAGACCAGACAG